AUGCGCAUUCGCACUCGCAUCCGUAUCCGAAUCCGUAACCGGUGCGAUGAGCGUUAUCCAUGCACCAAUUGCGUCAAACACGCUAUUCAGUGCAGCUAUAUUGCGCCCAGUGACCAGGCAGAGUCACCCGUCUCAAGCGUAUCCCCAGCCACACAAUCACAGCCCCAGGCCCUGAACUCCCCCCAAGUUUAUUCACAUCCGCAACCUGGAAACUAUGCGCCGACUCCCAAUGGCAGUUAUCCCUGGGAGAUUGACAGUCCAGACAUCAGGCCCGAGUCAGAAAAUAGGCUAGAAUUCCUGGGAAUCUUACCGAGCUCAUCAUUGGAUUCUCCGGUCCAGAAAGAAGAUUGGGGCCUUGACCUGGAACUGAUGCAUUUCUUCUGCACGGUGACGUCCAAUACAUUGACUCUACGCGAAGAUGCACGCCAUGUUUGGCGUGUGGUCAUGCCUACUGAAGGUUACUCCAACAAGUACGUUAUGCACGGGAUUCUCGCUAUAGCCGCUGUUCACCGCGCAUCCCUAUAUCCGAUGUCAGUCCAGAAGGAAAAAUACAUCAAGGCGUCUGCACAUCAUCUUGCCGCAGGGCUUAAAGAGUUCCGAGAACUCAUCGCGUCCCCUAUCGAUACUGCAAAUUGGCAACCAGUAUUUUGCUUUGCGUCUAUGAUCUCUAUACACCUGUGUACAGUCCCGAUUCGACUUGGUGUCUCUCGAUGGCCGAGCCCAAUUGCGAACACCGUGGAGCUGUUUGCGAGCGUGAAAGGGUUGCAGGCAAUCAUGAAACCGUUUCUCCCGUCACUGGGCAGGACGCAACUGGCGCCAAUUGCAAAUUCCGUAUGGCUUGAAAGCGAAAUGCGUGUUCACAGCCCUGCCGUCGUAGCACAGUCUCUUUUACCAACCGAUAUCUGGACCCAAAUAUCCCGCCUCCAUCGGUUUAUCGAAAAGUAUCCAUUCCCCCAAGAGACAAAUAAAGACGACCCCACAGAUAAGGAUUCGGAGCAUCGAAAGGACUACGAAUCCGCGCUCAAGGCGUACGAAAACUCUACCAGGCAGUUGGAACUCGCUGGGCCGCAUGUGGAGGCGGGCAUGGUUUUCCUAUGGGCCUACCCGCUUUCUAAGCAGUUUCAUAAGGACUUGGAUGCGCAUCACCCGGCCGCGCUCGUUCUUCUUGCACACUACUGCGUUCUCUUGCAGACACUUGAUCACUACUGGUAUUUGAAUGGCAUGGCAAGCCAGCUACUGGAAGACAUUGAGAGGAACAUACAUCCCGGCUUCCGGGAAUGGUUGGCCUGGCCUAAGCGGUGGGUACAUGGGAGGUAA